AUGGCGUUUGACGGACAUCAGAGCACAUUUGCGAGUUCCCUCUCUCCGACAUACCAACACCAGGCCAGUGUAAAUAUAGGUAGUGGAAACAAUGGCAGCGUGCCAUUGCCCUUCGUUGCCAUCCCCAGUAUCCCACUACAGGAGCAGAACACAGCAUCCUACGUGCCCUGGUCUCACAAUGCUUACGAUGAUCCCUAUGGCCUUAUCAAUUGUGCCCAGAACAACAAUAAAAUCAGGAAACCCACUGACAGUACUGACUGUGAAGGGGAGACUGAUCUACAGGGUCUAGUGUCAAAUAUUUUGGAUGAAGCAGAUUCACAGGACAGCUACUACAGUGAAGGGAGCCUACCUAAUUGUAAUACCGUCUGGUCUCCAAAGACAUUGAGAGAAGAACUGCUCCAGUAUUUGCAAUCAGAGGCUAAAACGCAACAUCAUCCAACCUUUCCUCCUAACUAUGUAUCCCGUGAGACUUUAAGUAAAGCACAAGGACAGUCAGUGGACAGAGACAUCAAAGAGUUUUAUCAACAGUCCAAUGGCAUUUCUACCAAUCAACAGUGGCUGCCUAAUGGAGACCAGGACAGCUACACCGCCCGUCCUCAGAAACUGCCACCUGGUUUAUCAAUUCCCAGCAGAGAAAACACCUAUAUGGGUGCGCAGGCACCACAGUGCAAAUACAACAACAUUCCAUCUGAGAAAGACAGAGGGAAUAGUCAACCCGCUAAUAGUUUACCUGACCUCAGUAAUGUCUUUAGAGCUCAAAGCGAAACGAACAGCCCAUGCUUUCAUCCUUAUUAUGAAGACCAGUACAUCCAGAGCAUCAGCAACGAGCGGUACGGGCCGCCAGACAUUAACCAACUGGUCAGCAGCUUUCAGUCGUUCAUGGCUGGUGAGCAUGACGGCUUCUAUGGGGGAGCUUACCCAAGCAUCCAAAGGCAGACCCUGGGCGUGCAGCAUGAAGACAGCUUGGUUGAACAAUGGAAAAGCACCAGCCCCGCCAUGUCAACACAAAGUGUUCCCGCAAUGCAGACCCAGAAACAGCUGGUGGGAGAAUUUGGGACAGUGCAGGUGGAAAGAAACGGGGGAGUGAGGAGGCCAAUGUAUAGGCGCGAUGCUUUUCAAGAUCUACCUGGUUUCAGCCCACAAAACACAGAGUACUACCAGCCACCCAAGUCGUUCUCUGCAUCUCUAAACUUCCCAAAGCAAUACCAGAGCAACAUGGCCAUGCAUAGAGAGAACACUUCACUGCCCAUGAACAUGGGCAUGAACCAGUAUUCAAAGCAUCACAUCCAGCAUGGCCUGAUGCAGAGCAAGCUCAAGCCACAGGUGCAAAGGGAAAAGAAGAGGAUGCAUAUAUCCGGCUUUCUCGGAGAAGGCUUCUCCACACGACCCCUCAGCAACACUAACAUGAGAGGGGGAGAUAAGAAACAGGCCUUCUCUCAAAACCCAAACCCCGACCACCUGGGGAGCAUGCAGUCUCCCAGGUUUGAUGGAGAAAACGGCAUGGUCAGUGCAGGGAAUACACAGCAGCUCAUGCCGUACAUGUAUGCUGUGAAUGACCCCAGAAGGUACUCCAACGUGCCCAUCAACCCCCCUCACUUCAGCUCCAGAUCCACACUGCCCUAUGGAGGCUGCGUGCCUGGCAUGGACUUGGGCGAUACAAUGUCAGCCAACGAGUCUGCAGUUUUCAACUCCUAUGUCAGUGACAUGUUGAGCUGCAGCGGAGAAAGCACUUAUCAUGGCAUGGCCUCGGCCCUGACGACUUCAAUGGUGAUGAAUCAAGGAGGACCUGCGAUCCAGCUCUACUUCUACCUGGACGAGUGUUAUGAGCAGUUGAGGGGCUUGGAGAGGAGAGGAAGAGGGUAUGCUUUCCGAAUCAGGUUGUUUGUUACCGAGACAUUUCUUGGUAAAAGGACUGCAGCAGUGGCCAACACAAACCUGCCCAAAACUCCACCAAAUCCCACUAGAGUUGACCACCUCAUCUUCAAUCAGAUGAAAGAGCAAGCAAGAGUGGCGAGCCUUCUGGACAGAAUGGGGUGUCUGUGCAACACUCCCAUCCACGUCAACAUCCACACGGCGCUGAACAGGCAUCACAUGGCUAUUUGCAUCACCCAGGCGAGACGCAAGGAGGAGAUCGCCAGCAUGUCCAAACACCAGUGGCAGAGAGCUCCGUUCUCUGAGGACAGAGACGCCCUGUUGUUGGUCAUCGCGCUGAAGGACCUCGCUGCUACUACGAGGAAGAUGCGCACGGCCCUGUGGUGUGCUCUGCAGAUGACACUCCCGAAAGCUGCUCAGAGGCCGGACCACCAUGUUAACAGGGAGGCCACACACAAAGAGAGAGGCUCCUCUCCAUUCGAGGGAUACACUUUUAAAGUUAUGAUUUAA